GAAUCCGGCCUUUAAAUCUGUUUGUGAUGUCGAAGUGACGGAUGAGAAACCGACAGAUUACCGGGUUGUGUUCCUUUGUUUUCUGAUAUUUUAACAGUUUUUGGAUCCAAAACCGUUCAUGUCAGCUCUAGUUUUCGUACCUGACACCACCUAUGACAGCUCUAAAUUCAGAUUUACAAUAAUAUGUGGCAUAAAAAAUGAUUUUUUUUGGCGCUAAAUUAUCAUGGUGACUACGCCUUUACGUUACAGUAAACACCUAAAAAGGCGGCAGCGGGAAACGGGCCACAAAUAAACAUAAAUACUAUCCCAUACAUAUAAUAGUCACUGUACUGAAAGCUUAAACAAAGACAGAUUGGUGUCAGACGCUUUAAAAUACUGAAAUAAGAACGAAAAUACAGUUGAUGUCGGUUCAUAUUUAUCCACUCUAACUUGACGGAAUAUUUGGUUGCAAAACCAAAUGAUCAGAUAUUCAAACCACUUUGUGUUUACAUGACAAUUGAAAUGCAGAUUAAACAAGUAAUUUAUGUUUUAUUUUUCUCUUAAUCCGCUAAUAUUUUAUUACGGAAAUCAGAUUCACUUACUAUGGCAACUUCAACAUUAAUUUUAACUUUAUGACUCUGUUUUAUGACAGUCAAACGCCAGUUUAACAGCUUUCAAGUGUCAAAUAUAUAUGUUCUUUUGUCAUGAGAAAUGUUUCAUAAGCGGUCAUUUUAAUAGUUUUGUAACACCGGUUUUGGGCAAUUUCGUAACCCCGCACAAACAAAGCCGUUUGAAUUUCCCGCAGUAGUUCAGGUGUCACGUGAACGUAGCUCGCAGCUUGAUUGGCUACGUCGCAGCGUCAGUUUAAAGAGCCAGCACGAGCUGUGUUUUCAUUGGCCGGCCGCGUUCUAGCGCCAAGAUUUCAAUAAAAAGGCGAGGGGACAACAGAAUCCACUUCAGUCUCUGCUCUUUGUCUGUGUCAGCUCUUCGUUAGCUUAGAUUUACGCUUUCCUCUUUUUACGUUUAGUUACUUAAGUUAUAUUUUAUUUAUCCGAGACCAAAAUGCUUACUGCUCGCAAUCCUCUUACCGUCAGGGAUGAAAACACACUCAGCAUCCAGACCAGCAACAUGUCGCUGGACAAAGAAAACACGCCUCCGAGUCUGAACACCACCCGCAUCCUGGCGUCUAAAACCGCGCGGAAAAUCUUCGACGAUGCUGAGCCCAAAGCAGUGAAGAAGAGUGAGGUGGAGCCGCUGCUGAAGGAAAACCCUCGUCGCUUCGUCAUCUUCCCCAUCCAGUACCACGACAUAUGGCAGAUGUACAAGAAGGCCGAGGCCUCGUUCUGGACCGCAGAGGAGGUGGACCUGUCGAAGGACCUGCAGCACUGGGAGUCUCUGAAGGACGAGGAGAGGUACUUCAUCUCUCACGUGUUGGCGUUUUUCGCCGCCAGCGACGGCAUCGUCAACGAGAACCUGGUGGAGCGCUUCACACAGGAAGUGCAGGUGACAGAAGCCAGGUGUUUCUAUGGUUUCCAGAUCGCCAUGGAGAAUAUCCACUCUGAGAUGUACAGCCUCCUCAUCGACACCUACAUCAAGGAGCCCAAGGAGAGGGAAUACCUCUUCAACGCCAUUGAGACUCUGCCAUGUGUGAAGCAGAAGGCCGACUGGGCGCUCAACUGGAUCGGCAACAAGGGCGCCAACUACGGAGAGCGUGUGGUGGCCUUCGCCGCAGUGGAGGGAAUCUUCUUCUCUGGUUCGUUCGCUGCGAUCUUCUGGCUGAAAAAGAGAGGCCUGAUGCCCGGCCUGACCUUCUCCAACGAGCUCAUCAGCAGAGACGAGGGUCUGCACUGCGACUUCGCCUGUCUGAUGUUCAAACACCUGGUGAACAAGCCGUCAGAAAAAACAGUCACCAACAUCAUCAAGAACGCCGUGGAGAUCGAACAGGACUUUCUGACCAAGGCUCUGCCCGUGAAGCUGAUCGGGAUGAACUGUGACCUGAUGAAGCAGUACAUCGAGUUUGUAGCCGACAGACUGAUGCUGGAGCUCGGCUUCUCAAAGAUCUACCGGGUGGAGAACCCCUUCGACUUUAUGGAGAACAUCUCCCUGGAGGGAAAGACCAACUUCUUUGAGAAGCGAGUGGGCGAGUACCAGAGGAUGGGCGUCAUGUCCGGCCCCACAGACAACACCUUCAGGCUGGACGCAGACUUCUGAGGACAGAGGUGGAGCGAUCCACACUCAGUCACACACUUCAGCCAGAGAAACCAGGUGAUGCUGAAGGCCAUUGCUCCACUCUGGGAGGAAAGUAGACUCUUAAAUUAAAGGCCAAAAUGUGUUAUUAACUGGAUGAAAAUCCACAGGUGGAUGUACUGAGUGUAGAAACAGAUGGAUCAUCACUGUUGUACAGGACCUAAUUUUAAUUUAUGUUGGGUUGUCAGCUGUAGGUGGUUAUUAUUAUAACAAUAAUGAUAAUAAUAAUGAGAUUUUCAGACAAUAAGGAUACUGCAGCCCAUGGAUCUGCAACUUAAAUUCAGCAGUUAACUUGGUAACUUCGUAAAGCAUGGACCAGAAUUGUUUAUAUAUAGUUUUUCUUUUUUUACCUCCUUAUGUGUAAACUAACUUUUUAGAGUUUUGUGUUCUUCAUAAAAUCUGCUAUAUUAGUAUGUUUUUAUAAAGGAAUUUUAUGUUGCUUGUGUUCAAUUUGUACAGAUGUUUAGUUUUUUUCUAAUAAAAUUUUAAAUGAUA